UAGUGAGUUGGCUGUGCGUGCGGCCUCCCGUCUCACGACAAACAUUUGACAUAGAGCCUGACAAAGCCUUCCUACUCCCGCUUAUUUUUAACCGGAUAUCCUCUCUUCUUCUUCUUCCUUCUUCUUGUUCUUGUUCUUUGUAACAAGAAGAACACCAUGUGCAAGGCUGAGCCAUGCCAAUGCGACCACCACCACGAUCCCCAGGGGCUCCUCACCGCCCCCUUCGUCGUGGCUGAGAAGCAGCCGGCCAAGAGACAAUCGGAGGUGGCGCCGGCAGUACCCGUCGGGACGCGGAAGCCUCUCCGUUCGGCGUCCUUGGCGUUUGUAGAGUUAUCUUCCACCCUGAGCCUCGCGCUGCCCAUGGCCUUAACCGGUCUUCUUCUCUAUUGUCGUUCCAUGGUUUCCAUGCUCUUCCUCGGCCGGCUCGGCGACCUCGCCCUCGCCGGUGGCUCCCUCGCCAUCGGUUUCGCCAACAUCACUGGCUACUCGGUCCUCUCUGGUCUGGCCAUGGGCAUGGAGCCCAUCUGCGGCCAGGCCGUCGGUGCGCGCCGACACCACCUCGUCGGUCUCGCCCUCCACCGAACCGUUCUCCUUCUCCUCGCUGCCUCCGUCCCCAUCGCCCUCCUAUGGUACUACAUCCGCCCUCUGCUCCUCUUAGCCGGUCAACAACCGGCUCUUGCCGCCGCUGCAAGCUCUUACCUCCACGCCUGCCUUCCCGAUCUCAUCUUCCUGUCGUUUCUUCACCCUCUCCGCAUUUACCUCAGGACCCAAUCUAUCACGCUCCCGUUGACUCUGUGUGCUGGGCUAGCCGUCGUCUUCCACCUUCCCAUCAACUACCUCUUGGUCUCAGUUCUCCACCUUGGCGUCCGCGGCGUGGCCUUGGCCUCUGUUUGGUUUAACUUCAACGUCGUACUAUUCCUUAUCGUUUACAUCUGCUUCUCCGGCAUCCACCGCAGCACCGGUGGACUAAGCUUCAGUUCCGAGUGCUUCAAAGAAUGGAGGUCGCUUCUGCAUCUCGCCGUCCCGAGCUGCAUCUCGGUGUGCUUGGAGUGGUGGUGGUACGAGAUCAUGAUCAUUCUAUGUGGCCUUCUCAUAAACCCGGAGGCCACUGUUGCUUCCAUGGGCAUCCUGAUCCAGACCACCUCGCUCAUCUACAUCUUCCCAUCGUCGCUGAGCUUUGGCGUAUCGACUCGCGUCAGCAACGAGCUCGGCGCGAAUAGCCCUGACCGUGCCCAACGAGCUGCCACCGUCGGACUGUCGUGUAGCUUCGUGCUCGGCCUCCUCGCCUUCGGGUUCGCUUUCUCCGUGCGCCACAUGUGGGCGAGGAUGUUCACCGGCGACCCAGCCAUCUUCGAGCUCACCGCGUCGGUGUUACCGAUCCUCGGCAUGUGCGAGUUCGGAAACUGCCCGCAGACCACCGGGUGCGGGGUGCUGAGAGGAACCGCCCGGCCGAAGCUCGGCGCCGACAUAAACUUGGGCUCAUUCUACGUCGUGGGCAUGCCGGUGGCCGUCGGACUCGCUUUCUGGACGCUACUGGACUUCAAGGGCCUCUGGCUCGGGCUGCUUUCGGCGCAGGCGACCUGCGUCGUGCUAAUGCUGGUCGUCAUCCAGAGGACCGAUUGGGACUCCCAGGCCAAGCGGGCGCAGCAGCUCACCGGAGCAGCCAUCGACGAGGCUGACAAAGAAGCAUUGCCAAAGACCAUCAAUGCAACAGAAGGAGACGAGGCCGAUACUUUGGUUGUCUGUGUAAAGAUUGAGCAAUGAGUUCCGACAAACUUGAAAAAUCAUCGCUUUCCUUUGCUCUUUUUAUUAUUUCUCCGUUUGGUCUUUUUCUUUUUGUAAUUAACAAAAA